GUAGACUUUCGGCGCUGCGGGCCAGGUGGAGGCUGAAAGAUCUCAUACAGCAACAGAACAAAGACUUUCCUGAAAAGUGUAAGCAUGCUUCGUUGUGAGUCUAGGUUGCAUACAGUGGUGUAGGAAGAGGGUGCCCAGGUGGUGGUCCGCCCCGGGCAGCACUUUUUUCUUCAUAUGGAGGGGCGGAGUUUUUUUUACAAACUGCAAUUUAUUUUUCGUGGAAGAGUUGCCAAAAAUCUAGCCCUGCCCCAGGUGGCACUAACCACAGCUACGCCUCUGGUUACAUAAUAUAUCAGCUAGCUUAUUAUGUAUAUAUUUUUAAAAGAUAAUUAUAAUAAUUGGGUCUAUUCCCCACGCGCGCACUUUUUGACAAUUUUAUUAAUAUUAUUAUUUUUUGUUUGUGUGAAGCAUUUUGAGAAAUGUUAAAUUAUUAUUGUCAAUUUUCUAGUACGUUCAAACUCGUCUUAGAUUUAUAAAAAUUAUUAAUUAAUAUUAAAAAAAAAACCAACAAAAGACUUCACACUACUCAUAAACCCAUGGGGAUUGUUUGUAACUUAGUAGCAUAAAUUUUGUUAGUGUCACACGCGACCCUCUCGCUUAGUUGAUCGCGGCUGAUCGCGUUUGUCUCGUUCAGAGAACGGUGGGAGAGGGAUGGGCAGGGGGAGAUUAGUUGAGAGCUUUAGGGCUUUGGGGAGGGAUGGUUCAGAGGGGGGGUUGGGGGACAGGCAACGACACAAGGCUGCGAAUAAUCGUACCCUAGUACCAGAAGUGAGAUGUUGGGAUUAAAAACGAUUUAAAAUUUUAUUUUUGGGUUUGUAAGACAAAAUGAGGUAACAAAAUGCAAGAUAAUUGAAUGGACUAUAUGUUUGUAAACUUAAUUCUUCAGUUCAACUAAAAUAAACUACAAGAAAUGACAUCCGAGUAGCUUGAGUCUAAUGGUACCCGGGUGCGAAUGGCGGCGCUGCCUGUCUGGGUCCAUUUUGACUCAGUGCUAUUCGGAUGUCAUUUGUGGGUUUUUUUUUAGUUAAACUGAAGAAUUAAGUUUACAAACAUUCAUUACAUUCAAUUAUCUUUCACUUGAUACGUCAUUUUGUCCUACAAAUCCAAUGAUAACAUUUUAAAUAGUUUUUUAAUCUCAACCUCUCAGUUCUGGUACCCGGAGACGAAUAGCCACUUCGAUGACACAAUUCGUUUUCCAACUCGCCCGUCCCAUGAAAUGAUGAGACAUGUGUCUAGUGGGUUUCAAAUAGUAAAUUUAAUAGGCAUGCACACAAAGACAUGUGUAUCCACGUGCCAACACACAACAAAAAGGUACACAUGGAGAAAUAACGUUUAUUGUUUUAAAAAGUGUAGAAAGUUCAAAGGUCUCAUUUACCCACACACAAGUUUCCCGUCCUGUAACAAUUUGUAAUACAAUGAAUGAGAAAAUUAUUCUAAAUUUUGUAUACUUACAACUUUCACCCAAAGAUUCAGUAGUUCAUUAUAUGUAAAUAUUUGUGCAGCACCAUUAAAAUCUCCCGGCUGACUGAACUACGCCAUUUGGGAACCUCUGCACUGGAUGUUUUGUCGGGGCAAUUUAAUAACCCCCCACCCCCCCCCACCCCAAGAGCGCUCAUUUGAUAGAGUUACCUGGACUUUUGAGGUUUUGUUAAUACCCUCCAAAUGUUUUCACGAGAUCAAACAAUUGAACCGUUGUUCUAGAAAGAAUCGAUGCUCGUCAAGGCGUGUAUCUAUAUACAGAAAGAAUCGAUGCUCUUCAAGGCGUCUAUCUAUAUACAGAAAGAAUCGAUACUCGUCAAGGCGUGUAUCUAUAUACAACGAAUGUUUUAUUUUUCCCCAAUCCCAGUGAAAACGAACGCCACCAACACGCUCUUGCCAGGAGUGAGUCCGAACCAAAUAAAGCUGGUGACCUCGCUGUGGGAUGAUCUAAUGCGCUGCAGCGAUAUGUGGGGGAAGCGCCUGGUCAAACAGUAAGGUUUAACUAAAUGUUGGUGCCUUUUAGGUGUAAAAUCCAGAAGGAAAAAAAACAACACGCCAAGUGGCACACAACGUAUAAAUGUUUAUGCUCAUUAUAAUACAUAAUCACAAAAUCAAGGUUUAACGGCCUGUUAUGCUUGUGACCCACAGGAACAUAUCGUUUUAAGUCCGUGGUCCCUUCCCUGUUAUUUAUAUUUUACACCAAAAAAAUAAAACACCAAAAAAACUGGUAUAUUUUAUAUGGAUAAAGUGUCUUUCCAAAGUGUUCGCGGCGUCCAUAAUAUAAGCUUUGGCCCCACAGGAAGCCAUAUGGCUCACGCCCAGAAACGCUGCUCUACAUAACCGCGGCGUUUAUUUUCAAAUGAAGCAACCCCCCCAAAAAAAAACAGUAACACAACCAGUAGCAACAACGUAUGGGUAAACAUAAAUACAAAUACCAGUGGGCAAAUUGCGUAUGAACCCCUAAUCCACGAAGUGCAGCCUUGUGUAGCUGUGGCGGGGAGAAUGUCGUCGACACGGUCAACAACCCCUAGGGUUGGUCCGAAAAUAAAAUAUAUUUUAGAAAAUUUCGGUCAAGUUUCCCAGAAUCCGAACUCAAGGCAGCAGGAGGGAUGGUUGAUGAACAUUUUAUUUUUUUUUUAAUUUACGAAAUUACGUAUGUGUGAAGAGGCCAAAGGUGUCUUAUUUUAUUUCUUUUUGAUGAGGUCUAAUAAUAAAUGGGGAGGGAAGGUAAAACUAUAGUCCAAAAUAGCGUGCAGUCAUUAAUGAAUGGUUCCUAAAUACGGAGGUUCGAGAUUAGGCUACCCGCCCCCAAAAUCUGUUGUAAUUUGAGUUCGAGUCCACCUUUUAAAUAUCAUGGCUGAGAAAAUUAAAAUUUUUUGUUUAUUUUUUUGUUUAUACAGAGUUUUCUGAGCCUGCUUAUACAGUGUUCUGUUCGUUUACUGAACCAGUUAUACAAUGUACUGUUUAUUUUCUGACCCAGUUAUACAUAGUUCUGUUUAUUUACUGACCUAGUUAUACAGUGUACUGUUGAUUUAAUGACCCAGUUAUACAAAGUUCUGUUCGUUUACUGACCCAGUUAUUCAGUGUACUGUUUAUUUACUGACCCAGUUAUACAGUGUACUGUUAAUUCUCUUCGUCUUCAAAAGACGACAGUCUCUCAGAAUCCUCCCUUUGAUGGCUGCUGUAUAGGAAGGGCCGGCGCUAGGAUGAUGCGAGGCCUUGGACGAAAUUCGCGGGAUCUUUGACGUUACGUCGGGUGAUAGGACAUUAAGAAUAGUAACAGCCAUAGCCUGCUGGUCGUAGCCGUCAUAAUGAUGGGACAUGUCAUGGCUUUUUAUUACUCGCCUGGUUUCCCAAUUUUCUAUUACUUUACUAAAGCAUUUGAAUUUCCAAGAGCCGAAUUACGCAUCGGGCCUCGGUUUAUGUUUAUCUCAAAAACAUAUUCCGAAAAAACACAAAGCUGAAUAACUUUAGGACCUGCACUCUCAAAUAGAACGCGUAAUGUAAAAAAUAUGAUCAAUUUUCAGGCGCUAAUCGGGGGGGGGGGGGGGUUGGCUAAUUAAAAAGACAAGUAUGAAAUUUCCUAUCUUAUCAGCAUUAAGUAAAACCGAGAUAGUCUGUGACCUAUAAACAACCAAUUUCGGAUCGUUAUGCAGAGAACAUGUAAAUCUGGAACCCCGAGAGAAAUAUGCUAAUGUUGGGAUUCGGCAAUGCUAUUUGUACUUCUUAGGAAAUCAUCUCUCUCAAGACCUUGAUCACUUAUAGUAACUAUGAUUUAUCUACAUCCUUUGAAUCGUGACUCCCAACGCCAAGUCAGAAUCCGCAUAGUGUUUGCUCACAUUAUCCGGAGUCUUGGUAUAACGGAGUUGCUGAAUAUCAUAUAGAAGGCUAAGCAUGUCAAUUGUUGCAGUUGCUGGAAACAUGUCUUGAGGGCAGUGGUGUAGGACGGUUACCCAUUGAAUCUACGCCUAUUGUGGCGUUUUUUAAAACAUUGGUUCGAGUCUGAUGAAAUUUCAUUUGAAGUGGUCACUGCUGAUGAGUAAAUCCUUCUUCUCUGAAUUCGGUGAAGAAACUGAUCAGAUAUUGGGCAUGUGUAAAUGGCUACAUUAAGUUUCAUGGUCGAGGUCUUGACACGAUGGCAAUUUGAAUUUCUUGUACAUCUUAAUACUGUGUUGACUGGACAUUACGAACUAUGAAUAGGCAACGCCCUGGUUAUAUAAAUGAACUAUAAUAUUAUAAGGUCUACGCGCGCCCCUUCCCCACUCCCCACCAAAGCUCGGGGCUUUGGCUGAUCGCCCCGUUCGCCACCCCCUAGCACCGGUCCUGGUACAGGAAAAGUUUAUUACUUGUGUUUUUACACAAAAUUUGUCUUUUAUUCCCAUAACUAUAUAGCUUGUUAUGUGUUGAUAUGCCCGAGAUGUCCAUCAAUGCAAUACAUAACCUCAUAAUAGCACGUUUAAGAUUUAAGGUCAAAUCAAGUCCUCACCCUUAAAAAAAAAUUGGAACCUCUAAACUGUCCGGGGUCCCAUAGUCAAGUGCCUCUUUGCCUUUAGUUUAAUCUGGCACUGCCACCCACCCCCUACCCCCCUCCCCAUGUUUAAUCAACCACAGUUUGUUGAAGAAAUGCCCCAAGCUGAGCUGUAGCAUUGCCGUGAAAACAGACGGUGGCCUAACUUCACCCGUGAAAGUACAUUUAGGCCGGAGCCUCGUCCGGCACAUUUCUGACGUCAUCUUCAACCUGCCCCACUCUGCUGCCCUAGAGUCUGC